AUGAGCCAGCGCGAGUUCGAGCGCAAGAUGGAGGAGCACAUUGAGGAGAUGCGCGUGACGCAGACCAUCGCAUACUUCAGCCGAACGGUGGAGCUAUGCUUUACGGAUUGUGUGCACGCCUUUCGCAGCAAGAAGCUGGACGACAAAGAGACGUCCUGCGUUAACAACUGCGCCGAAAAGUUUUUGCGCCACACCAUGCGAUCAUCUUCGUCAAUGGGGCGGCGCAACCCCACAACGGAUGUCAAGCCCGCGCUGUUCACGGCUGAACGCGUCGUGGUAGGUGUAGAUGAUCUAGUGCUACUCACGUCCGUAAAUGAGACGUCGAUUCUUGAAAAUCUCAAGAUGCGCCACGCCGCCGACGUUAUCUACUCAUACAUUGGCCACGUGCUGGUGGUUGUAAAUCCAUACAAAUGGCUGGAUAUCUAUGGCGAAGACAGCAUGAUUGCCUACAAGCAUAAAGCUCGUAUUGACGUGGCACCGCAUGUGUUCGCUACGGCAGAAGAGACAUACCGCACCAUGCUUAGUGAGGAAGACAAUCAGUGCGUCAUUAUCAGUGGCGAAAGUGGCGCUGGAAAGACGGAGGCCUCGAAACAGAUUCAGAACUAUAUUGCAGGUGUCAGUGGCAGUGGCGCAGGUGUUGAUAAGGUUAAACGCACAUUUUUGGAGAGCAACCCGCUACUUGAAGCGUUCGGAAACGCGAAAACUCUGCGCAACAACAACUCAAGUCGUUUUGGGAAAUAUUUUGAGCUCUUGUUCGAUUCGGCAGGACGUCCUCAAGGUGGUAAAGUGACGAACUAUUUGCUGGAAAAGUCGCGAGUUGUGAAACCUGGUAAAGGGGAAAGAAACUUUCAUAUUUUCUACCAAUUAUUAGCUGGUCUACCCCUCGCUGCCAAGGAGAAACUGUGCUUAGAUCGAAGUGGACCUGAAAUGUAUCAUUACUUAAAAGCUAGUGGCUGUUACGAUGUUGACGACGUUAAUGACGCACAGGAAUUUGAAGAAACGAUGGCGGCCAUGCAGCAUGUUGGUAUUAAACGCAAACAGAUUGAACUUGUAAUCCAGACGUUAGCGGCCGUGUUGCAUAUUGGUAAUGUACAAUUUCAACCCAAGACAGUUGGAGAUGCAGAGGGUUCAUCCAUUCACGACCGUCAAAGUUUGCAGAUGGCGUGUGAGCUGUUGGGACUUGAUGUCGCACGUGUGGAGCACGCACUAUGUUACAAGUUGCUGCAAACGAUGGCGCCGGGAGGUAAAAUUGAGUCAUACGAGGUACCUCAGAAUACAAGUCAAGCAAAGGCGCAACGUGAUUCAAUUGCUAAGACAGUUUAUGAUCGACUCUUUGACUUUCUAGUCGAGCGUAUCAAUCAUGCCCUAGAUAUUGAAAAAAAAGCGGAAAAGCUCGGCGAAAAUCUGGAGAUUGCCGAUCUUACGACGAUUGGAAUUUUAGAUAUUUACGGAUUCGAAAUUUUUGACAAGAACGGAUUUGAGCAAUUUUGUAUCAAUUAUGUGAAUGAAAAACUUCAGCAGAUUUUUAUUGAGCUCACACUAAAAAGUGAACAGGAAGAGUAUGCCCGCGAGGGCAUUGAAUGGGCACCGAUCCCGUUCUUCAACAACAAGGUUGUGUGCGAUUUGAUUGAAGCAAGACGACCGACGCCUGGUAUUUUUCUUAUUCUUGAUGACACAGUCAAGACAAUGCACUCCCGCCAAGGAGAGAGCGUGGAUGCGAAUUUUCUGGAGAAGGUGGCGAGUCUCCAUGGGUCACACCCGCACUUUUCCAAGCGUGGCAAAACGUUCGAAAUCAAACAUUACGCAGGAAAUGUACAUUACAGUAUUGAUGGUUUUGGAGAUGCCAACAAAGAUUUUUUAAGCAAGGAUAUUGCGCUCAUUAUCAGCGAGACGUCCAACAAACUAGUGCGCUAUAUUUUUCCUGAGGAGAUUGACCUAACAGACAAGCGUAUGCCAAAUACUGCAGGACACAAGAUUAGAACUCAGUGUGAAGCACUUGUGACCGCCUUAAUGGAUUGCACACCUCAUUAUGUACGGUGCAUUAAGUCGAAUGACCAAAAGCAGCCAAACAAGAUGGAUGACCGCCGUGUUAUUCAUCAAAUUAAAUAUCUGGGCCUUCUUGAAAAUGUAAAGGUUCGUCGCGCCGGCUAUGCCUACCGUGGAGACUAUGGACGCUUCGUGGAUCGUUUUCGUUUACUAAGCAAAGAGACAUAUCCGGAGUUUCGCGGUUCGGACAAAAAAGGUACGCAAGCAGUGCUACGUGCUGCCGCUAAGUCGCUGCCACAACUGGAGACCGAGAUUCAACUUGGAAAGACAAUGGUCUUUAUUCAAACGCCUGAAACGUUUUUCGAGCUCGAAAAACUACGCGAGAAUAAGUUGGGCUCAUUCGUGAUGCGAAUCCAGAAGGCAUGGAAGAGAUACUUUGGUCGUCGCCAUUUACUUUUACUAAACCAUGACAUUACAAAACUUUAUACAUCAAGCAACAAGCAACGUCAGCGCGUGAGUAUAUACCGACCGUUCAAUGGAGAUUAUCUUCGCGACGGCGCAAUUCGUGAAGCAGUCAUGAAGAUCAUCCAGCACUAUGGCGAUUCCAAAAAGAUUAUAUUCAUGGACGAAAUCAAAAAAGUUGUUCCUGUCACUGGAAUACUGCCAGAUGGAUCUCCUAUCAUGGUGGAGGGACGUAUUUUGAUUGUUACUGAUCAGUAUUUAUAUCUGAUGGAAAAACGUUUGUGGCAACCAGUGGUAGACCUCAAAAGCACAUGGCAAACACCGUUGGUGUACUUACGUCGUCGUCUACGGCUGACUGCCAUCGAAGAAAUUACUAUGAGUACUCUAGCCGACCCAUACUUGAUCCUUGGAGUGCAUCAAGAACCGCUUCUUGUCGAGCCAAACAAGAGCAAUUGGGCAGACAAUAAAUCGACGAUGGUUUGUAUGGCGACUGGCAAAAAAUUUGGGCUUUUCAAUCGUCGCCAUCAUUGUCGGUACACCGGCAACAUUUACUGCAGUGACGUUUGCAAGCAACUUGAAGUGGUACCUGACUUAGGUUUUUACACGCCAGUGCGUGUGUACGAUAACGUAAUCGGAUUGAUGUCGACUGAGAUGCCUGAAGACCAGCUUCUGUUGUCCGAAAAGAAGACCGAAAUCGCAGUCACGCUUGUUGAUGCUAUACGCUCAUUGGCUAGUGUUGUGACACCUAUCAAUUUUAAGGAUUCCAUUCGCUUGCGACGAGCAGCAAGCGCAGGACUAUCAAGAACACCUACCCAGCAGUUUCAGUUCGUAGCGUCAGAUCAGGACAGAAUUACAGGAGAUGCCAACAAUGUGCGAAUCGAAGUUGCGCCUGGCGUACCUGAUGAGUACAUACGCAAGCGGCGGAAACGCGAAAAGACACGCCGUAAGAAAUUGGAAAGGCAGCGCGAGGAAGAGCUGGCGAUACGAGCUCAGCGGCAACAACAGCGUAGCCAGGAACGGGAAGCAGAGCGACUUCGUCGGGUGGCUGAAAAGAAGGCGAAAAAGCAAGCUGAAAAGGAAGCCCGCAAGCAUGCCUUGACAUCGAAAAAAUCAACAAAAGGAUCAAUGGAUUCCGUGCGCAAGUUUGGCGAGAAUGUGAAAAGCUCGUCAGUAAAUGGUGGAGUCGGCGGUGAGCUGGCUGCAAUUCUUGCGCGUCGUCGUGGAGCGUGA